CCCCGCGGCGCCGCGGUUGUCGCCGUGGCAGCGGCGGGCGGGCGGUCGGCAGCGGCCGGGCCGGGUGCCGUGAGGUGACGAGGUCCCCGGAGGAGCUAGCCGCUCCCGUCGGUGCCGCCGCCGUCCCCUCGGUGGCCGGGGCGAUGGCGCAGGCGGCGCUGGGCGCGGCUGGCCUCCACUUCGACGAACUGAACAAGCUGCGGGUGUUAGACCCGGAGGUGUCGCAGCAGACGGCGCAGCUCCGGGAGGAGUGCCGAGCCUUCCUCGAUAAAAUAGUAGAGUUCCAAAAAAUCGUGGGCAGCUUAAUUGAGCUUGUCGAUCAACUGGCAAAAGCUGCUGAAAGCGAGAAGAUGAAGGCCAUCGGGGCACGAAAUUUGCUGAAGUCUAUAGCAAAGCAACGAGAAGCUCAGGAACAGCAACUCCAGGCUUUAAUAGCUGAGAAGAAAAUGCAGCUGGAAAGGUACCGAAUAGAGUAUGAAACUCUCUGCAAAAUUGAGGCAGACCAGAACGAAUUCAUUGACCAAUUCAUUUUCCAGAAAUAAAGCAUUGGAAGAGAAAACCACAAAACAAAAAACAACCAAACUACCUUGGAAACUUGACCAUUCCAGAACCUUGGAAGUUCCAAAAUAUGCAAUUUUUCACUGUGUGUGUGACUGAAGAGAUGGUUUGGAUGAACAGCAGUGUCUGAAUUCAGUAUGCAUGACACUGCAAGUGGCAAUAAGCAGCUGGAAAGACUGUUCCUGUCCUUUUUGGCUUUGUAAUUUGUACACUCAGCAGUUCAGCAUUCACUUCCCAGCUGGAUGGAUGCUGCUGUUGCCAUGCCUGUCGCUUUUGGAACUGUACAGCUCUUUUGGAAAUAAAUUAUUGCUCUCAGACUUUCUGGAUGCACCAGGA